GCUACGUUAUCCUAGCUUAACAGUGAGACAUAUAGUCACCAAGUAAGAUUCCGAAGCCACAGUUCAUUGUGGAAGUCACUCCAGCAGUGCGCCGACCUGGGAAAUUGGAUGGUGAUUUCGGAGAAUGGAUAGGAAAUUAGAAAAACUAUGUUGUGAAACAUAAUUCAAUGUUUGUAUUACAAUAGAUCACCCGGUAAAAAUUACACAAGACUUGUGUCAUUCAGGAGCUAUCAGCGAAGAUUUCACCGGACAGAGGAAUUUCUAUGGAAUUUGUGAAUGAAAGCCUCUUACUUUCAAUGUAUUACAGAAUAUUUAGCCUGGCCGCUUAACGCGCAAGCAUGGUUUUGUUAACAAAGCAUGGUCUUUAAAUUGCUCCGGUAAAACCAGGAAGGCAGAACGUUCUACCAUCGACCACGACCAAAGAUUGGGAAAAAAUUAAUGAACAUGACAAGACUAGUUUCCCCCUACACGCUUUUGAUUGCCGUGUGCUUACUCCUCUACGUGCUUCUCUAUGAAUAUAUCUCUGAACCGUCAAUCUGGUUCAUAUCUAAAGAGAGGACUUGGUCCAUGUGGUUGGAACCCUUCGACUCUCCCUCUAAUGUGGAUUUAAAUACUAACACAACCAAGACAACUGCAGGUGAAAACUACACAGCAAUCACUUCCAAAGAUAAAAGUAAGUCUAUGACGCCACAACAAAUAACUUUAAAAAUAACUGGAAAACAGAACAAUAGAACAUCUGAUCAACCAAGAUUUAGGACUUACCCAACGGAUCAACCAAGUGUAGAACAAAGGGAGACCCUCAUGUUCCCUCUGAAGAAAGACAACCUCAAUCAAUAUCCCAACUGGGAUUUUGAAGAUGUUUACAUACGGGACAAGCUACCAAGAAACACGAUUUGUCCCCAGUCUCUGGUUCACUCAGAGGAUCAAAGCUUCAAGAAGGCCUUUAUACCAGACAUCCAGUUAUACCUCCACAGAAAACUACUCAACGUGAAAGAGUGGAACAGGCUAGCCCACUUUAAUAACCCAUUUGGCUUCAUGGGAUACACAAAUUACACAGAGAUAAAAGAAGUAGUGGACCUAAUACCUGAGCCAAAAGAGCCCCUCCUGUCUCUUGGAAAACGAGGAUGUAUAAGAUGUGCAGUGGUGGCCACUGGAGGAAUACUCAAUGGCUCUAGGAUGGGGAAGGAGAUAGAUUCUCAUGACUAUGUGUUCCGGAUGAAUGGUGCUGUAACCAAGGGUUACGAGGAGGAUGUAGGCAACAGAACGUCUGUAUACGUUCACAGUGCCCAUGCCAUCGUCCAGUCUCCUCUUAUAUUCCAGAAAUGUGGAUACAAAGAAGCACCCCAUGAUGAGGGUAUAAAGUAUGUGCUGAUUCCAGAAGGGAAUAGGGAUUUCCGGUGGCUACAGGGUCUAUUUGGGAAGAAGCCUGUUGUUAAAGGAGAAUACAAAAAUAAACUGCCAUGGUUAUACUACUCAGGACAGUUUGACAAGAAGCGCUUCUAUGUUCUUCACCCGGAUUUCCUCAGAUAUAUUCGCAACAGAUUCUUGAGAUCCAAGGCUCUAAAGGCUUCACUGUGGUCUAUAUUCAGGCCAACUAAUGGAGCAUUUACACUUUUCUUGGCUCUGCAUACCUGUGACGAGGUGGAUGCAUAUGGAUUCAUCACUGAGAACCACCAUAAAUAUCCCAACUACUAUUUUGAUAAGCAAUCUGAUACAAAGGUCAUCUUCUAUGCAAAUCAUGACUACAGCCUAGAGAUCAAGACCUGGAAGAAACUAAAUGAUACUAAGAUCAUCAGGCUGUACCAGAGGAUAUGAGACAUGCAAGCCAGCGCAGCUGUAAAACCUGCAACCUAGGAAGGAUGUUACGUCAUAGAAGUCACUUCCAUAGAGACGAUAAACAAAAUAGAGGAUCUCAACGAUCACUGAUCAAUAAAGGCGAUUAGUAGUUUUCGUUCCGCUUAUGCAAGAUAGCUCUUUGUUUUCAUCCAAAACGUUUUAUAACAUAUUUGAACGUAAUCAAGAGGCCGAGGAAGGUUAUUCUGUCCAGGAACACUUUCUACCAGGCACGCGUAAUGACCAACCAGCUGAGACAGCUCAGACAGGUGACGCAUCCAGAUUAUGAGUACAUCGCUAUUUCUGAUAAAUGGCACCCUAUUAUGUCGUUUGUAUUAUAAAAAUGAUAUGAAAAUGUUUUUUUGUCAACAUAGUAUGAGGAUGUUCAUGGGUUUUUGGGAAAAAGUUGUAAUAUUUCUGAUUUUAUAAAGUCAAAACUAUCUAAUGGUCUCGUGCUGCCAUCUGGUGGCCGUUUGGCGUCAUCACAGGGAAAAAAAUCAAAAAAAGUUUUUAUUUCUAAGUUAUUUUAUAAGGUUUUAUUUCUAGGUACAAGAACCAACUUUUUUGGGGUGCCUAUAUUUUUGACCUUCUAUUAUUUGUUUUAUUCAUUAGUUUCAACUCAAUGCAAUGUAAUAUGACAGUAAAGGCAAAAUGUCAUAAGGGUUUCAAUAAAAUUUUAUCAUCCUGAAUGGCAGAAAUGUUUUCCUGAAAAAUAUGUCUUUUGCCUUUCCAACAGAUUAGUUUUCUAAAUGGUGAUUCAAAAUCUGUUUUUAUGUGUUAUUAUUGUAGCUGAGGGUGUGGUGAAUACCAGGAUAUGCAAUACUCCAUGGUAUCUGUUGCAGAAAUGAAUCUAGGACCCAAAAUGUCCAAGUAGUGACAUCCGGCCUGGAAUGCCCAUAGGCUACCAAGGGUUAACAGACAUUUUACUGGUUUUGUGAAAUCGUGCUCCCCUCAACAUGCGAGGAGUGAUCACAAACAGUUAAUAUCAAGGAAAUAAAACGAAUAAAACUUCUAAAAACAGCUUUAAUUUAGACAAAUCUAUUCAGACAAAUUCGAUAGGUACGCGGCUGGACUUUUUAAAUGCAAUUGGUCAACUGAGGAUAAAGAAACGUAUGUGAAUCAAGCAAUAGGCUAAUUAAGAAAAAGG